AAACAAACACGGUCCUUCCGAAGAUGGCGGAGAGUUUGUAGAGAUGUAAAAGAAACUGUUUUCCCCAAUGAAAACGUCGAAGCCGCUUUAGGAUUCCAGCGAACCAUAGGGAGAGCCAUUAUCCUCACAUGGAGAAAACAUGGAACAGUGGUGAACCUUUCCAGGAGUGGCUGGCCUACAACGAUUACCCCAAGAGAAUAGCAAUGAGUCAUCCAGGAGGCCACAAAGGAACUCAGGACAACUUCGAAAGAACUGCAGGCCUCCCUUGCCUCAGUUAAGGAGAUGACAGCACAUUGAAGUUGCCCAGGGAACCCGGAUGGCGCUUAACUGGGGAUUUUAUACACCAAGCCGGCCGAGUGGAGUGGUACCAUUCUAGCGGGCAAGCUGGCUGAACGCAGUAUGACCCAUCUCCCCCGAGGCUUCAAAUCACCACAUCAUCAUCAGUCGCUCCUCACAGUGGAACAGAUGAGAUUUCAUUCCCAUCAAGAACCAAGGCUGCUUUACUAACUGGAUAGUCUUCCCUCAUAAAUCAGGAGGAAUCUGCUCUUCCCAUAGAAGUCAUUUCAUUUAUAAGCUCAGUUGCUUAGGGAGGUUUUUUUUUUUUUUUUUAAUACCCCAACUUGACACCAGGCUUUCAAGGUGCUGAUAUGCUCUGACGAUGAGUGGCAUAGGAGACAAAUCGUUGGAGCCACUGUGCUCGGACCGCAAACGUAAACUGUCCACUUGCGACACACCAGGCAUAGGGUGUGACAAGCGUCGACGGGAACAGGAGACCAAGUACAUCGAGGAGCUGGCUGAGCUCAUCUCUGCUAACCUCUCUAACAUCGAUAGCUUCAAUGUGAAGCCUGACAAAUGUGCCAUCCUCAAGGAGACUGUGCGGCAGAUCAGACAAAUCAAAGAGCAAGGUAAAAACUCUUGCUGUGCUGAUGAUGUCCAGAAGGCGGAUGUGUCCUCUACUGGCCAAGGGGUCAUUGACAAAGACCACCUGGGACCCCUACUUCUACAGGCUCUCGAUGGGUUUCUUUUUGUAGUGAACCGAGAGGGUAGCAUUGUAUUUGUGUCAGACAAUGUGACACAAUACCUUCAGUACAAACAGGAGGAGCUUAUCAACACCAGCAUGUACAACAUCAUCCAUGAUGACGACAGGGAGGCAUUCCACAAAAAUCUACCCAAAUCCACUGUUCCAAAUGGGGCAUCAUGGGCGGGAGAGGCACCCAGACAGAAGAGUCACACAUUCAACUGUCGCAUGUUGGUUAACUUGGUCCAUGGUCAGAGUCAUGGGAUGUCAGAAGACAGGCCUAGUGGAAAACGCUAUGAGACUAUGCAGUGUUUUGCUCUCACUCAGCCCCGGGCCAUGAUGGAGGAAGGGGAAGAUCUACAGUCAUGUAUGAUCUGCGUGGCUCGACGCGUCACAGCAAUAGAGAGGACAGAGCGGUUUAGCACACGCCAUGAGUUGUCAGGUAAACUCAUGGAAAUUGAGCAGCAUAGCACUCUUCACACCACAAUGCGUCCUGGCUGGGAGGACCUGGUGAGGCGCUGCAUACAGAUGUUCCUCAAUCGAAGCGAGGGGCAGCCAUGGUCUUAUAAACGCCACUAUCAAGACGCUUUCCAUAAUGGCCAUGCAGAGACACCACUCUACCGGUUCUCUCUAUCUGAUGGCACCCCUGUCACAGCCCAGACUCGCAGUGACCUCUGCAGGAAUCCUAACACCAAUGAACCCCUCUCAUUUCUGUCUACACACUUGCUUCAGAGAGAGCAGAACAGCUAUCGUGGAAACCAGGUAGGAGGCAUGAGGCCUCAAAGCAUGGGCGUGAACAACCCCAACCAACAGAUGAACAUGGUGUCUGGUGGAGGCAUGAACAUGGCCUAUGGCAUGAGUGACCAGGGAAACCUGGCCCAAAGAGGAGCGCCGCCUUACACGGGCGGCAACCGCAUGAAUCAAAUGAACCCCAUGCAUCAAAUGAGUCCCAUGCAUCAAAUGAACAACAUGGGUCCAAUCAAUUCCAUGCAUUCAAUGAACUCGAUGAACCAAAUGGGGCAGAUGAAUCAGAUGGGUCACCACGGAAUGCAUCAGCAGCAUCAGCACCAACAUCAACAGAUGGGUCACUUCCAUGGGGGUGGACCUGGAGGUGGAGGAUAUGGGAUGGGAAUGACCAGUCCCCCACAGGCCAGUCCAGGGAUAAGUGGUCCCCCACACAAUGUCAUGGGUUCACCCCGAGUCAGAGGAAGUCCCAAGAUGGGUGCCAGCCCCUUCUCUCCUGGAGGUUUGAAUUCUCCCAUGAGCUCCAAUCACCCGGGUAACCCAGGAGGCGGUACCACUACUUUCUCCAGCAGCUCCUUGAAUGCUCUCCAAGCAAUUAGUGAGGGUGUGGGCAAUCCUUUGCCCUCCCCUCUUAGUUCCCCUACCACACACAAGCCUGACAGCUCACCAAGCAUCAAUUCCACCAACCAGGUUGCAGGUGGACCCUGCAAAUCCAGCCUCCCAUCCCACUGCGACUCAAAGAGCCCUGGCAGCUCACUGGGGGCAACUGGGGAGCAGCAUCCCCACACCCCCACAAGUGAGUGCACUUCGGACAAACCAGACAGUCAAGCAAGCAGAGAGGCAGGACCAAACAUGGGAGAAUCUAAUCGACGGGUACCUGACAAAAGCCACAAGAAGCUUUUGCAGCUCCUCACAUCCCCAACAGAUGAGCUUGUGCCACCUAAACACCCACCAAGCUCCGGGCCCAGUUCCACACCAGAUGUCAAGGACGGAACCACUGGUGUUACCAGCCCUUCGUCCUCAACUGGUGUCUCUUCCUCUACAGGCGGAGGUCCUGGUGCAGUGUCCUCUUCUGCCAAUGCAGGGCAUUUCACAAGUCAGUCACUUCAAGAGAAGCACAAGAUUCUCCACAAGCUCCUAAAAAAUGGGAACACUCCGGAUGAGGUGGCUCGCAUUACGGCAGAAGCCACUGGCAAGAGUAGCUUAGAGUCUGGCACAUCCGAGGCAGGAGUUGCACCUGUUGGAGGGCUUAGGGGAUCAGAAUCCAAGCAGGAGCAGCACAGUCCUAAGAAGGAGAAGUCCUAUGCACUCCUUCACUACCUCCUUAAUAAAGAUGACUCAAAAGAGGGUGUUGAUAUCAAGCCAAAGCUGGAGGAGCUAGAGGGAAGGGGAGCUCCGGGGUCAGGGGUCACAAGCUCUGAGACCCACUCAAUGGACGGCAAGGUCAAGCUUGAGCCAUCUGAUGAGGUGGAGGCCCUGGAGACCAUCCUUGGAACGAGGAAUGUCUCAGGUUUCGUCCCGGAGCCUGAUUCCAGAUCAGGAAAAGAAGUAGGGAACAAACAGGGAAUUAUGCCUGACAGUUUACUAGAAGGAGAUAGAGGCGCCAUAACUCCAGGUCAGCGAGUUGUCUAUCAGAGAACGGUGUCUGUAGAUGCUAUGCCAAUGGGUGGAGAAGUGCCAGUGGGAGUUGGCUUGGCGGGAAGAAGGAACGUCCCCUGUCCCACUCUCAUCAAACAAGAGAACAUGGAUGCUCCGAUCCGACCCGGGGGUGUUCCUAAUGGCUUUCCCGGAGGCACGGGAGUGUGUCCGCCAAGAGGCCAUCCGACAAGAGGCAUGGUCAGAGGGCCUCAACGCCCUCCGAUGGCAGGGCCAGGGGAUUGGGGAAUGCACAGAUCAAACAACCCGAUGACUGGACCAGGUCACCCAGGUAUGGGUCGCUCUGGUCCAAUGGGGGGACCCAUGAUCAACCGCUCCAACAGUGUACCCGCAAACACGAGGUCAAUCCUGCAGCAACAACUUAUGGAAAUGGGUACCAAUGAAGGCAAUCUGAAUAUGAGCCCAUUUGGGGGGCACGGGCCCCCACCUCGGUCUCCUUCUUGGCCAGAGUCUGCCCUGGGGAUUGAAAGAUCACAGAGUAAUAUAAACAGGGAACAGUUUGGCAACCCCCUAGAUGAGCUUCUUGGACCCCUGGCUAGCAGUGAGGGACAGAGUGAUGAGCGGGCACUUCUGGAUCAGCUGGACUCUCUGCUGAACACUGCCGAUCUAAUUGCUCUGCAAGAAAUAGACCGAGCCCUGGGCAUCCCUGAAAUAGUUGGCCAGAACCACGGACCUGAGGGUCACCCUCAGGCCCAGGAUCAAGGACCGUCUCAAUCUGCCCCGUCAGAGUCUUUCACAGGCCCUGACUCAACCAUUGGCUUGGAGCAAAAGCCCAUGUAUGGCCAAGGGUAUCCUGGGCCACCGGGACCCCCCUCCAUGCGCAUGCAGCCUGGUUACAGUGGCAACACGAUACCAGGCCAGUCUCAAGCUGGAUUCAACCCCGUGAUGAAUCAAAUGAGCCAAGCCGGAACUUUCCCGGGAAUGGGAGGUAUGGCAGGUCUGGGCAACCCCCGUGCAAACAUAAUGAGACCUCGCAUGAUGACUGCCACCAAGCCUCUUCGACUGCAGCUACAGCAGAGGCUUCAAGGACAACAGUUUAUGAACCAGACCCGUCAAGCCAUGAAGAUGGAAAGUGCUCCUGGAGGGAAUCCUGCCAUGCGCCCUGCCAUACGCCCGGGCAUGCAACAUGUUAUGCAGCCUGGCAUGCGACCUGGUAUGCAGCCUGGGAUGCAGUCUGGGAUGAGUGGUCAGCCUGGUUUCCUGAAUGCUCAGAUGAUGGCCCAGCGCAGCAGGGAAGUGAUGACCAUGCAGAUGAGGAGGCAGCGGAUGAUGAUGCUGAUGCAGCAGCAGCAGCAACAGAUGCAGGCGCAGGGGGCUGCCGCAGGAUUCAGCCCUCCUCCAAAUGUCACUGCACCAGGAGGAAUGGACAGUGCCAUGGGAGGCCCUGCCAUCAACCAGCCAGGACAACAGGGAUUCAACUUUGGAGGUAACUAUGGGAUGAACCAACAGGGGGAGCAAUCGUUCAUGGCUCCAAGUACCAGCCCACCGCAAAACAUGAUGACGGGGAGGAUGGGAGGUUCUGCUCAGAACAACAUGAUGUCGGGAAUGCAAGGAAAUCCACAGGGAGGCUCCAUAUAUCCGUCAGGAGAUAUGAAGGGCUGGCCGCAGGGUGGAAUGCCACGCAAAAGCUCAUAUCCCCAGCAACAGUUUCCACAGCAGGGAAACCAGGGCCAGUUUGGAAACAUGAUGAUGAACAACUCUAUUGGCAGACCUGGUACAGUCGGCGGUGCCAGCUCCACACAAAUGGGCCAAAUGCCAGGCCAGAUGCAGAAUCAAAUGCAGGGCCAGAUGCCAGGACCAAUGCAGGGCCAGAUGGGCAUGAACCCCAUGGGAAUGGGGCGGAUGCUGAUGGGACCUGAUCAGAAGUAUUGCUGAGGACAUGAGCUCACAGCAGAACACGGUGGGGCCUUGCCAGAAUGAUCUCUGGGCCCUGAGAACACGCAAACGUUAUUCCCCAGCAUCAAGCAUGACAUCGACACAACACACUGCUCAUCCGUGAGGAAAUUUGCCCUGAGGAUGAAUUUGUGCCAGGUUUUAUCUCCAACUGGAGCCUUGCACACUCAUGUUAGUGUGCGUGCGUGUAUGUGUGCGUAUGACUUCGAGCUGUCAGGCAGUGUUGAGCAAAAUGGGGAUCGACGGUACAACUGGCUCUGACUGCACUUUACCUGGAGAUUUCUGUAUGGAAAACAAAAAAGAUUGAUGCAAUAUUUCCUCAUCUUUACAGCCUUACUAGAAAUUUGAUGCCUUCACAACAAUGGGUUUCUUUUUAAUUUUGUUUUCUCAAUCGCUUCAUGUUAAAGUCAUUGGAAGCUAUAAGCACAGUUUAUUAGGGUAUGCGGAUUGGAGCAAUAAUGUUUCUUUUCAUCUGUAACUGAGCAUCUCAACCUCUGUUUUAGGCAAACAAAUGGUACUGCAGUAUUAGAUGUCUCAAACAUCAUCUGUGAAUACGAAUUGUAAAUAUUCUACAAAAUAUAUCAGACAUGAAUUUACAGGCCUAUUAUUGCACAAAGAAUGAGACUUGCUUGUAUUUUUUGUCCAGUAGGUCAAAGCUGAUUUGGUUUAUUGAGAUCUUUUUUGUUUUGUUUUGUUUUGUAACACCUUUCCAAAUAUUACAGGUCUGAAAGGAUUUCCCUUCCCUCGUUUGUCUUUUUCCACCCUUUCAACGCUGUAUUUAUAUAUAUUAUUUUCUGUGGAUGUGUAUUCCAUGUCUUAGCGGAGGCACUUUUAAUUGUGACAAGGAUCUGACGACCUGAAGGUUUGCGCUCUCACACUCACAAGUGUUUACGUGGUGUAAGUGCCGUCUUUUUGGACUGCCAAUCACGCUGGGCGACAUGCGAGACGAGCUUUUGUACGUGCGUCUCACUGCCGUACACAACGCGGACGAGCGCAAACAACCCUCAGUUCACCACACCUCUGGUCCUCGCAGUGUUCUCCUUCCUGCUUCCGUGGAGUGUAUUUUAAUUUUUUUAGCCAUUUGGUCAUUUUCCUUUGGACUCUUUUUCUGCUCAAUCUGCGUUUUCAAGCGCAAUCCAAAGAUAUUUUUCCACAUCUUUAUAUAGUUUCUAAGGUUUUGGGUGUACAUUUUUAUGAUAUACAUUAUUUUAUUCAGAUGGUAAAUGGGUACAUAUCAUACAUCUCUAAACGCAUAUAAAAGUUAUGUAUUUUAGUCAUAAAAGGGUUGAAGUUGUUCCACGGCUACCAGCUCUGUGCAGAAAGGAGAAUGAAAUUUCCUACUGCAUAAUGUUUUACAACCCAAACAUGAAAAGUUGAAUUCAAGACGUAUCGGUGGCUCAUUUACAACUUCAUUCUCUGCUUAGAUUUUAUUGCUUUCGGAGGAAAAGAACUUUGUAAUGUUUGAAUGAAGUGCAAAGCGAUGCAAAAAUAUCAUUGAGCUGUUUUCCUAUCUUUGGGUUAUAAAUAGCUGUCAUUUUACAGGAUGUAUAUUACAGGUUUUUUUUUUUUUUUUUUUCAGGUGAUGUUGAUAUCGAUGUAAAUACAAAUUUCUAUUUAAACACUUUGAUUGUGAAUUUACUGAUUAUCAGCGGGCACGUCAGCUGGUAUGUUAUGUUUACAAAAUAAAAAAAACGAAACCAC